AUGAGGCAGAGUGCAUUGACGGGAUAUUUUGAUACAAUACGUCAUUUUUGUAGAAAGGAAAGUGGGUGUUCAAUAGAAGUAAAAUACAAAGUAAACAUCUAAAACAUUGCAAAUUUUAGUAAUGAGUUCAUGAGACAGCGCCAUGGAAGGUUUGCCGUCGGGUGAUAUUCAGGCAAAAUACCAGAAAUUAGCAACAGAGUAUUCAAAGUUGAGGGUGCAUGUAAAGGUGUUGAAGAAGGGCGUUUUAGACGAGCAGGCCAAGUCGAACGAGUUUAAAGAUGCCCUUAAGGAAAAAGACAAGGCUUUGCGCAGAUGUGAAUUGGAGAUAGAUUCGCUGACAUUCAGGAAUCAGCAACUGACGAGGAGGGUUUCUGUGCUGCAAGACGAGCUUGACGCCUUACAGCUUAAACUGACAAAGAAAAUAAGGAGUAAAACUGAUGACAAACAGCCAUCAACAUCCAGUGUCCAGGCGCCAUUGGACUCUGGGUUACUUCAGGAGGAGUUGCAAAAGAAAAUCAUAGAGAAUGCCCAAAUUGCUUCACAGUUAUCAGAUAGAACAUUCGAAGUCUCUCAACUGAAGGCUACCCUCGAGGACUACCAGAGGCAUAUAAAUGAGAGUGACAGUAAAUUCAAAUGUGAGAUUGCUAAGCUGAGGAACAAGAACCAAGAGCUUCAGUUUGCGUUGGAGGAGGCCCAGAAGGACCGUCUCGGAGGAACGCCCAGCAAAGUCCAUGUUAGUGCUAGUCAGCCCCCUAGUUGUAAUGGAGACUUCCUGUCGGAAGCUGGAAGCCUGAUGGGAAGUGAAGAUGCACUUAGUUCUGUAGGUGAUCUGAACUUGAAUGAGCAGCUUAGUAUAAAAACACACACUCUAGAACAGGAUAACCAAAAACUGAGGAUGGAAUAUGAAUUAUUACAAAUGGAAAAUGAAGGCCUUAAAUUAGAAAUAGCUAAGUACGUGUCCGCCUCACAGAAACGUAGAGGAGACGGUCAUGACUCCGGUGACUUCAAUAGUUUUAACGAAACCUCAGUGGACGGUGAGGGAAGGGUCAUAGGACUCCUGGGGAGCCUGGAAGUGCCAUUCCUGGUCAAUCAUGAGGUCCAGUCGCGAGAGGACAGAGUGAGGACGUAUUUUAGAAAUAAGAUUAGUGCGUUGGAAGUCGAGAAAAGCGAGCUGAAGAGCAAGACUGAACAUUAUGUGAAAGAGUGCGAAAUGCUAAGACUACGGUUUGAUGAGAUGGAGCGGGACAAACAGACGGACGAGCACACGCUGCAAGAGAAACAUAACACUAUCAGCCGGCUGGAGGAGGAGCUCCACUCAACGUCCCACAAUUACGAGGAGCAGAUGUCGGUGCUGACGGAGCACGUGGCGGGGCUCAACGACCAGCUCGCGCGGCAGCACGAUGAGAUACAACAUUUGAAGCAUCAGCUCAGUGGCAGACGAAAGUAGACCUUAAAUACUUGGAAUUGGUAUCAAAAAAAAAUCAUAUUGUUUCGUCCCGAUAUGUUUUUCAAUGAUUUUCAUCUUAAUAUGCUGACAUACAUACAUAUCAUCACGUCUAUAUCCCUUACGGGGUAGACAGAGCCACAAAGAAAAGACUGAAAGGCCACGUUCAGCUAUUUGGCUUAUGCUGUCUACUCCUAAAGGGAUUAAGACCUGAUUAUAUGUAUGUAUGUAUGUACCUAAUAGCCCAUUAAAAAGUUCAAGAUUUGAAAUUGUAAAAUUUAAAAUUUUAGCCUGCUUAACCAAACCGGUUGAGCAGGGCGUUCAAGUACGCAAGAGUACCUAACAUAAUUAUAUGCUGACAUCUGCGCGGGUAUCGAAAAUAUGAUGUUGAAAUAUUUUACCAAAAUAUGCGCUUUCUGACAAAAAUGCUCUAAAUUGCCCGCUUAAGUCAUGAUAUGGGAGUGGAUAAGUCAAAUUUAGUCAGUCACAGAACGACUCCCGUCUGACCUCCGUGAUAAUGUUAAAAAGGAACGCUGACCAAGCUUACCUACAUUAUGGUUCUACAUUCAGUAGCCUCAAUGUGCAGGUUUCGUCACGAAAUGCCAGUGCAAUAAGUACGCAAUGAACUUUUCAAAGUAAUGCGACAUUUGUGUAGGAAUUUGAUUUCUUAAUAUUUUUGCCAUUGCCCAGCUUAAUUGCGUUUUUAUUUCACAACAUUCCUUUUUCUUCUUUGACGCAAAAAAAACAUAGCUUCCAAUACAUAUGUUUUUAAUCUAAAACUUUACUAUCGAGCUACGUUGGAACCUUUAUUCCGUCAAGUUAUGCCAGUAGUUCGAUAGUCGAACUGUUUGGAUAUUUUUUUUUCUUCCAAAUUGUUCCAUUGACGGAUCGAACUAUUUUGCUUUCAGUUGUUUUAAAGUUAUGCUA